UCCCCAGCCCCUGGGCGUGCGCUCGCCUCCAGUUGAACCAGCCAUGGCUGGGGAAAUAGUCUAUGCUGAUUUAAACAUCCGUGGAGAUUCGUCCCUCACCAUCCGACCCCAACCUCCUCACCACCUCAAAUGCCAUCACUUCCCCCACUGGCAUCAGAUGGCUCUGAGGGUCAGCUGGGCUGCAAACGUCAUCCUGCUGGGAGCUAUGAUGGCCCUGAGCAUCUGGGUUUUUCAGGGCCCCUGCAGUAAAGCAGAGACCGGCGCAGGCUCCGUGGCCCCCGCGAGUGACGGGGUCACCGGGAGGAACGGAAACGGUACAGACUGCAACUCCAGCUUGGCGUCUCACCUAAGACGGUAUCUGUGCGACUCCCCCCAGAGCAGCUCAGCAGGGCCCCCCGGGUGCAGACUCUGUCCCCCGACCUGGCUGCUGCAUGGGGACAAGUGCUACUGGCUUUCCAAGGACAGCAAAAAGUGGCACGAGAGUCGUGAGGACUGCGCGGCGAAGCGCUCUCGGAUGCUCGUGAGCCAGGACCAGCGUGAGAUGGCAUUCAUAAAAAACAUCACCGAGGGGAAAUACCCCGUUUGGAUUGGACUGCACCUGACAACCUCCACGGGAAACUGGACGUGGGUGGAUGGUUCCCUGUUGAAUCAAACAGGGGUCUCACUAUCGGCCCCUGACACUGGAAACAGCUGUGGGGUGUGGAAGGAGAAUCAGAUUCGCAGUGAAAUCUGCAGUGGUAACGUUAAAUGGAUUUGCCAGAGAGAAGCUGUCCUGAUAUAAAUGGCAUUAGCGGAUCCCCUGUUUCAUUGAGGGACAAACAGGACUAAGGUUCGGGCUUUGGAUGAAGUUCUCAAAGGCGGAGGGCCGUCGCCGGGCCUGGAAAAACACCACCCUCCGCUCUGUCAGUGCUGGGACGCUUUAGAAAUACACAAGAGAAACAGCGCCCCCCAGGGGCACGGGCACGCACAGAAUGAACUUGUCUGCAUGCGAACGCACCUAGGAAGGGAACACACGCAGAGCUGCACUUCGCAGGCCAGGGCUGUAAGAGGACAGAUCUUUACGAACACAGGCCUCAGAGUGUUGAUUAAAUUAUUUUAAUUACA